AUGAUAGAGAUAAAUAACCGCUGCACAUACAGGACCAUUCAGGCAUCCUUGGGUAUAGGUAUGACUCAAAUCAGAACCAUCCUGCAUGAUCAUCUUGCCGUCAGGAAGCUUUGCGCUCGGUGGAUACCACACAAUUUGACGCAAGCUCAAAAGAAAGCGCGUGUGGAUUGGUGCAAGAAAAUGCUUAAAAAAUUCGACCGAGGUCAGGCAAAAUCAGUGUACGACAUCGUAACAGGUGACGAAAGUUGGAUUUAUUGUUACGAGUCAGAAAGCAAGCGACAAUCGGCUCAAUGGGUCUUCAAAGAUGAGGAGAAACCCACGAAAGUGAAACGCGGACGAAACUCUGGCAAGAAAAUAGUGGCUGCUUUCUUCGAACGUACAGAUCAUGUUGUUACUGUUCCACUAGAGGAUCGUCGUACAGUCAAUGCUGAAUGGUACACCAUUUGUCUGCCAAUUGUGUUCAAAAAAGUGCGCGAGAAACGACCAAGAGGACGAAUUAUUUUGCAUCAAGACAAUGCACCAUCACACAACGCAUCUCAAACAUCAGAGUUUUUGCCCGUUUCAGGGUGA